AUGAGGAAGGUCAAUACCAUUUCCAUUACCUCACUCUUCUUCUCAUUCUUGUCAAUGGCCAUUCUCAGUUCCAUUAGCCCCAUAACCUCUCUUUCCCCUGAUGGCAAGGCUCUCCUGUCCUUGUUAGCUACAACCUCCACCAGCUCCUCCCCUGGUCUCCUGCUCUCAUGGGAUCCCUCUCACCCCACCCCCUGCUCUUGGCAAGGGGUCACCUGCUCCCCUCAGGGCAGGGUCAUCUCUCUCUCCCUCCCAAACACCUUCCUCAACCUCACCUCCAUUCCACCUGAGCUCUCCUCCCUUACCUCCCUCCAACUCCUCAACCUCUCCUCGGCCAACAUUUCCGGCAGCAUCCCCCCGUCGCUCGGCGCCCUUGCCUCACUCCGCCUUCUCGAUCUCUCCUCCAAUUCCUUAUCAGGCCCUAUACCGCCGCAGCUUGGAGCAAUGUCCUCUCUCCAGUUCCUGCUCCUUAACUCGAACCGCCUGUCUGGCCUUAUUCCUGCAACUCUUGCCAACCUCACCUCUCUCCAGGUCCUCUGCCUCCAAGACAACCUCCUUAAUGGCUCCAUCCCCUCCCAGCUUGGUUCUUUGUUUUCUCUCCAACAGUUCCGCAUCGGAGGCAAUCCCUACCUCACCGGCCAGCUCCCUCCACAACUCGGCCUGAUGACCAACCUCACCACCUUCGGUGCCGCCGCCACUGGCCUCUCCGGCACAAUCCCAUCGGAGUUUGGCAACUUGGUGAAUCUCCAGACACUGGCUCUCUACGACACCGACAUCUCUGGUUCAGUGCCGCCUGAGUUAGGCUCAUGCUCGGAGUUGAGAAACCUUUACUUGCAUAUGAACAAGAUCACCGGUUUGAUCCCACCAGAAUUGGGCAGGCUGCAGAAGCUCACAAGCCUGCUCUUGUGGGGGAACCUACUCACAGGAACGGUCCCGGGUGAGCUUGCCAACUGCUCGGCAUUGGUGGUUCUUGACCUCUCUGCUAACAAGCUCUCCGGGGAGAUCCCCCGCGAGCUAGGGAGGUUGGCAGUCUUGGAACAACUCCGUCUUUCUGAUAACAUGCUCACAGGCCCCAUCCCAGAGGAAAUGAGCAACUGCAGCAGCUUGACUACACUUCAGCUUGAUAAAAAUGCAUUGUCUGGGUCUCUUCCUUGGCAGAUUGGGGAUUUGAAGUCCCUACAGAGUCUCUUCUUGUGGGGCAACUCGUUGACAGGAGCCAUUCCACAAUCCUUCGGCAACUGUACAGAGCUCUAUGCACUCGACCUGUCGAAGAAUAGGCUGACAGGGGCUAUCCCAGAGGAGAUUUUUGGCCUGAACAAGCUCAGCAAGCUGCUUCUGCUGGGGAAUUCUUUGACAGGAAGGUUGCCACCAAGUGUUGCAAACUGUCAAUCUUUAGUUAGAUUGAGACUCGGAGAGAACCAGCUUUCUGGUGAAAUCCCAAAGGAGAUCGGUAAGCUGCAAAAUCUUGUGUUUCUGGAUCUUUAUACUAAUCAUUUCUCUGGGAAAUUACCUUCCGAGAUUGCGAACAUCACGGUCUUGGAGCUUCUGGACGUCCACAAUAAUCACAUCACCGGAGAAAUCCCUCCUCAAUUAGGAGAGUUGAUGAACUUAGAACAGCUCGACCUUAGUGAGAACAGCUUCACUGGAGAAAUUCCUGCAAGUUUCGGUAAUUUCAGCUACUUGAAUAAGCUCAUCCUGAACAAUAAUCUGCUAACUGGGUUAUUACCAACAUCUAUAAAGAACCUGCAAAAGCUGACCUUGCUCGAUAUAAGUGGUAAUAGCCUCUCAGGUCCUAUUCCUCCUGAGAUUGGUUCCUUGACAAGCCUGACGAUCAGUUUGGACUUGAGCUCCAACAAGUUGGUCGGAGAACUUCCACAGGAGAUGUCUGGUCUGACGCAGUUAGAAUCAUUGGAUCUUUCGAGCAACAUGCUCAGUGGAGGGAUCGAAGUCUUGGGCCUGCUCACAAGUCUCACUUCUCUCAACAUCUCAGUCAAUAAUUUCUCCGGACCAAUUCCUGUCACUCCAUUCUUUCGAACUCUAUCCUCCAACUCCUACUUUCAGAACCCGGAUCUCUGUCAGUCUUUUGAUGGCUACACAUGUUCAUCCGACCUUAUACGUAGAACCGCUAUUCGAUCGAUCAAAACUGUGGCUUUGGUUUGUGUCAUUUUAGGCUCUGUCACUCUCUUGUUUGUGGCAUUAUGGAUUCUUGUCAACAGGAACAGAAAGCUUGCAGCAGAAAAAGCACUGACCAUAUCAUCCUCCAUAUCCGAUGAGUUCUCAUACCCAUGGACCUUCGUCCCAUUCCAGAAGCUAAACUUUACAGUAGAUAACAUUCUUCAGUGCCUGAAGGAUGAGAAUGUAAUUGGAAAAGGUUGCUCUGGGAUCGUCUACAAGGCUGAGAUGCCCAAUGGGGAGCUCAUUGCCGUGAAGAAGCUUUGGAAAACAAAGAAGGAAGAGGAACUGAUCGACACAUUUGAGUCCGAGAUUCAGAUUCUUGGGCAUAUCAGGCAUCGCAACAUUGUGAAGCUACUGGGUUAUUGUUCCAAUAAGUGUGUCAAGCUCCUUCUCUACAAUUAUAUCUCGAAUGGAAAUCUGCAACAGCUUUUGCAAGAGAAUAGGAAUUUGGAUUGGGAGACACGGUAUAGGAUUGCACUUGGAUCGGCACAAGGUUUAGCAUAUCUCCACCAUGACUGCAUCCCAGCCAUCCUUCACAGGGAUGUCAAGUGUAACAAUAUACUGUUGGAUUCAAAAUUUGAAGCAUAUUUGGCUGAUUUUGGUUUGGCAAAGCUGAUGAGUUCACCGAACUUCCACCAUGCCAUGUCCAGGAUAGCAGGUUCAUAUGGAUACAUAGCUCCAGAGUAUGGCUACACAACAAAUAUAACAGAGAAGAGCGAUGUAUACAGCUUCGGUGUGGUCCUCCUAGAGAUUCUAAGCGGGCGAAGCGCCAUCGAGCCAAUGGUUGGUGACGGUCUUCACAUAGUGGAAUGGGUGAAGAAGAAAAUGGCAAGCUUUGAACCCGCAAUCAAUAUUUUGGACCCAAAGCUACAAGGAAUGCCCAACCAGAUGAUCCAGGAGAUGCUACAGACACUGGGAAUAGCCAUGUUCUGCGUGAACUCAUCCCCAUUGGAGCGUCCAACCAUGAAAGAGGUGGUAGCAUUCCUGAUGGAAGUGAAGAGCCCACCAGAAGAAUGGGGAAAGACUGCACAACAGCCUCUUAUAAAGCCUGUGAAUCAUGGAUGACGAAUGUACUUCUUUCCAUAUUCUCCUCUGAUUUUUAUUUUGUUCCCCCACUCUUUUCAUUUAUCUUCUGAGAGAAAGCUUAAUGAUUUCUUCAUGUUCACCAAAAAUUGGCAGGUUCUAUUGUCUGAUGUUAGCUUGGCAUUGUUGUACAGUUUGCACUGGAACUUAAUUUAGUCCUUACAGAUAUCACAGUUCCUACGGAUUUUUCA